CCGUAGUCUUCACGAUCGAGAUUUCCCAUACUAUGGUUAUGGACUCACCGCACCUUGUCGAAUUCGGGUCUUGACAGCGGGUAUGGCGAACGAGCUUGAUGUAGACACCCGUUCUUCCCCCAUCUCGAGUCUCCAAAUUGAGACAUCCCCAUCAUGCGCCCUUCCCAGCAUCUAAAAGUGACGCUCCCCCCACCCCUUCUGCCCAGUCCUUUUGGUCACUCUGUAAGUAAGAAUAGGUGCGCAUCCCAUCGCUUGCUGUGGCUAAGUAUGCUACGGAUCCCAGGUGUGAUUCAUCCCCCACCGAAUCCACACGUGAGUGCUUCACCUGCCGCCAACCGACUCAAUUACGAGUUCCCUUCUUUUCCCCCCUUUCUUUCUGUCUAACUGCUAGUGGCAAUAAGAAGAGUUCCCCCUCAAUCGCCUCAUUUA